AUGGAAGAAUCCUUAGAGACCGUUUCACCUCUUGGGGUCUCCAGCAAUUCUCAAGAUCAGGACUGGUCACAAUGGAUGCAGUGGGACUGGGAUGACACAGGCUCCAAUACCAUAUCAAAAAGUGACAUCGACUCAUCGGACCAGAGUCCAAGACUCAGUCUACCGACCAUUGACAAGAUCGACUUUGCUCCGAGCUCCUUGCCCUUAGGGGCUAAUCUUAUAUCACCACCAGAAGGCCCCAUUCCGGCCUCUUGGGCUCGGCGCAAAAACGGGGGCGCUAAAAAGCCAGUUGCAAACAACCUGUCAGGUCGGAAGCGGAAGACCUCGAGCGAGGACGAUGCUGGUUCUGUUGGAGCCGAUGAUGAUUCACCUCCAGAGGCCAAGCCUACAUCAAAGAAACGUUCGCACAACGUCAUUGAGAAGCGCUAUCGAGCUAAUCUCAAUGACAAAAUUACAGAGCUCAGAGACAGUGUUCCCAGUUUGCGCGUGUUAACUAGAGAGAACAAUGGGGGGACUUCGGCGCAUGAUGACGAUAUUUUAACGGGAAACAAGCUAAACAAGGCGUCCAUUCUUUCCAAAGCAACAGAGUAUAUCCGUCAUUUGGAGCUAAGAAAUACUCGUCUGGAAGAAGAGAACAGGGCCCUGAAAAUAAGAUUGCGUGACCUUGACAAGGCUGUGAUGAUAGAACAAUCGGCAUCCACUUCUGUUGGAUCCGCCUCAUCGCCGGACAGCUAUUCGGGGACGAUCGACAGCUUGGAGUCACCACCAAGUGUCUUCUCACAUACGGAGGAUUUGACGCACUCACAAAAGGAAUCAGGCUCCAGUCAUCCGCCUGAAGGCUUGAUUAAAGUUCCAGAUUAUAUCAAAAGAAUGCGAGCCAAGGCACCCACGCAAGGUGCCUUCGCUGAGUCUUACAUCAAAGACGAUCCAAAGCCCCAACAACAUAAUGAGCAUGUGCGCAGAGGUAUGACUCCUGGAAGUAAGCUCUUCCUCGGAACUCUUGCAGGCUUGAUGGUUGUGCAGACUAUCACGACAAACGAAGAUUCCGAGUCCACCGAAAAGGGACUGCUGGCCGUCCCAACGAAUAUACUCGGUGACUUUAUAGCCACUCACUUUACAACGAUGCGGACAUCAUUCCUAUUCUGGGGAGAAAACUCAGGUCUAUGGCGUGCAUGGCAAGUUAGAGCCAUAUUGAACGUAUUCCUGACUGCCUGUCUUGUUGUAGGCAGUGCCUUUUUCGUCUUUCUCUACUUAUUUUACGCUCGUCCGAAAUCCCAGGAUGACACACAAAAGGUCUCAGCAGCAGGAGUCAAGAUGACGCCAGCAGAAAUAAAAAGACAAGCCUGGUUAACAAGUAUGCAAAGGCUUGGUGUACCUCGGCAUCGUUUUUUUCUGGAGUGGUUCGCUGUCACCUGCAGAUGGGUUGAAUACAGUGCCUGCUGCCUACUGGGUCGAAGAAUGUAUUCCCGGAUUACUGGAACCACCGAGGAGGACGAAAAGGGUCGGAUCAAAACUUGGGAUAUUGCAAUCGAUGCUCAAUUAGCAGGUGGGGAUGCUGAAGUCAGUAAAUCACGCCUCACCCUUACCAUCUUCGCAUCAGGUACUCUACCGCGCAAUCCAGGAAGAAUCAUGCUGAAAGCGCUUCACUGCCGCAUUUUGCUUUGGCGAGUUGGCGAGCCAGGCUCUUUCAUUUCCAAAGUUGCCAAUAAUGUGGGCCGUGUUGUUGCAACUUAUCAGUGGAAUAUAGCGCGAAACCUGAAUCGGCGCUUGCCGAAAAAUCAUCCAGAUGCUCUUCCAAGCAAUUUAGCUGCGCUCAUCGAGCUUGAGUGUAACGAUGUUUUACUUGACCCUAUUGUUCAACGCGCUGUGAAUCUUACCUGGAGUCGGCCAACCCAGGAAGGGCUUGACGAGGACGAGGCACUUCUCGACGUCGUAGCCGACGAUCCAGCGGUUCAAACAUUCGUAGACAGCAUUGCAGCCUGGUGGUCAAGCCACCUACUGCAAAAUGCUCUACUUCAUUCAUUUGAUGUCGGGUCUGGCGGGAACAACGUCAAGAAAAGUCUUCAGAGACAAAUCGAUCUUGCCUUGAAAGUUGCUCCUCGCCUAUCUGCUGCACAUACUAGGGCAGCGGCUAUCAGGGCCGUCUUAUUUGAACAGAAUCGACUUUACGACAUCAAAUCGGUCCUCACUGCGCUGCCAUCGAAGAAGCACCAAAAGUCGCAGGUCUCAAAUUUCCUUGAUUCAUCAUUGCCCAUGGCUGUGCGCGAGGAGAUUGCAAUCGCUGUUCGCUGUGCAAUGAUUGCAGCCAUCAUAAAAGCGCGAACUACAAAUGACACGUCUUUCCCGUCACAUCUAACCAUCCGAAAGGCCAUCAAUUGGCUCAACCAGCUUCCGCUUGAUCCCAUCGAACUAACCCUCGUCAGCUUUGCGGCGGUAUACCACUUGCUUCAUACCGUCGUAGCUUAUGGCGAUCUUCUAUCCUCUUCCUCCGCCUCUUCACCAUCAUCCGACUUCUCAGUAUCCACGACCAAGUCAGCGCCACCUUCGCUACUCAAGGAUAACCCAUCUCGCCCAUCGUCGCCUUCCGCAGCACAAACCAUAAGCAACCCCAGACGUGUACGUUCAAACAGCACUUCGGAGCCCACCCCUCAGUACAGCCGUAUAGCCGGAGAUCUGAUGUACUGGGCGCGAAAUGCAUACAAUCCGGCCUUCUACGGACUUACCACUACAAUGGUCGAUACGGUCGAAGCCGAAUGCAUUUCAAUCUGCAAGGAUGUCGGAAUCGAUCUGUUAGGAGCAACCCAUGACCAGGGACUGGCUAUCCAGUCAAGUAUACGCAAAUUAAUCAAAGAGGAACAAAAGCACUCUAAAGGGGCGUUUGUCCACAAAAGGAAUGAGGAUGAUGGUCGACGGAAAAGUGUCGAAAGCACUGACACAGGCUGUGCAGCCGUGGUCAAUGAAAAUGCAAUGCGGCAACCUCAAGCAUAA